UAAGAAAAUAAAUAUUAAAUAACAAAAAAAUGAAGAGACUGAGUCUCCAUAUAGAAUGAACAGUCGCUAAAAACAAUUAUCGUCAUUUCUUUGGAGGCCCGUUAGAUUAUGAAUUUCCGUGUCAAACUAAUGACGAUGUCCUGUGACUCCUAUCACUACACGCGUCAGUCUUCGCCCCCAUGCAGUAGACCAAUUCGCAGCGCAAACUGUUUCUUCUCAACAUUUUCCACACGAGAGGAAGAUAGACAAUUUGUGCGUUGACUCAAGUGGCAUCAAAAUUCAGUUGCCUUCUUUCUUCUCCUAUAAACAAGGAGCUCUUUCCCUUAGUGCCGUCCAUACAGCAGCGAAGUUCAACUAAUUCUACGUACCACCAUGAUGGCUCUCAAAUUUUUGCUUCCAACUCCGGCUGCUUCUGUCAUAUUUCUGCUGUUCUCUUGCUCUUUAUUUGUUGGUUCAGCUCCCAGUGAUUCCGUCACUGAUCACGAAGCCUUGAUGUCCUUCAAGAGCCUCGUGAGCGACCCUUCUGGUUCUUUGGCUUCUUGGAACCAGAGCUCUAGCUACUGCAACUGGAAAGGAGUCUCCUGCAACAAUGGCACCCGACGAGUCAUUGGAAUUGAUCUACAAGGGCUGCAACUGAAAGGACCGGUGACCUCCAGCAUAGGUAAUAUCUCCUUCCUUGAGUUCUUGUACCUCCAGAACAAUAAAUUCUCUGGCAGCCUUACUGAGAAUAUUGGAGGGCUUUCCCGCCUGAAAUUUCUGAACUUGAGCUCAAAUGCCAUCGGUGGUGCCAUUCCUAUGAACAUCACCAAAUGCUCUAGCCUUGAAGUCAUCGACCUCACUGACAAUGAAGUCACCGGCACCAUACCUCCUGAGCUUGACCGUCUAUACCACCUGAAAGUCUUGAACUUAGCGCAUAACAACCUUUCAGGCAUCAUUCCUCCUGCUCUUGGUAACCUCUCGUCCCUCACCACCCUAAAUUUGGGCACCAAUUCCCUUCACGGUCCCAUAUCAGAAGUUUUAAGUCGUCUGAGGAAUCUGCAGCACUUGCAAAUCUCCUCGAACAGCCUCAGUGGCUCGGUCCCAACUUCUCUUUACAAUAUGUCCUCAAUCAGCACGUUUGCUUUGGCCUCAAACCAAUUGUGGGGAGAAAUCCCUGCAGACAUUGGCUUCACCAUGCCCAAAAUGUUGUCUUUCCACAAUUGUUUCAAUAAAUUCACUGGCACCAUCCCCCCAAGUCUGCAUAAUCUCACAAAGAUACAGAGCAUCAGGAUGUCACACAACCUGCUCCGUGGUGCCGUGCCAGGAGGCCUGGAAAGGCUAGCGGACCUUGUUUUCUACAACAUUGGGUUCAACCAUCUUAUUAACAGCAAAGAAAAGGGGCUGAGUUUGCUUAAAUCCCUUACCAAUGCUACCAAACUUGAGAAUCUUGCCAUUGAUGGGAACUUGUUUGAGGGAGAAAUUCCAGCUUCUGUAGGGAACUUGUCAAGGCAGCUCGCUAAGCUCUACAUGGGUGGGAACAUGAUCUCUGGCUGGAUUCCAGCAGAAAUUGGUCAGUUGAAAAGUCUCACUUUGCUAAACUUGAGCCACAAUUCAAUGGAGGGAAAUAUGCCACCGGAAAUUGGUGGUCUCCCUAAACUUCAGGCCUUGAUUCUGGCGGGGAACAAGUUCUCAGGGGAGAUACCAACUUCCAUAGGGAACCUCACCAAGUUAAGUAAGCUCGAUCUGUCUGUCAAUAAUUUCAUGGGAGUGAUACCCUUCAGUUUUAGAAACUUUGGAUCUCUUCAGUCAUUCGACGUGUCAAAGAACAAUCUCAAUGGUAGCAUUCCUGAGGAGAUCUUCCAACUCCCAAGCCUAAGUCUGUUACUUAAUCUCUCUCAAAAUUCAUUGACUGGGAAAUUGCCCGUCAGCAUUGGGAGUUUAGCUAACGUUGCUGUCAUUGACAUCUCUAGAAACCAUUUAUCUGGAGAAAUCCCUGAUUCAAUUCAAAAUUGCAAGAGCUUGCAGGGACUUCUUCUCAAUGGCAAUGCUCUGUCAGGCGGUAUUCCCAAGUCCCUUAGUCAGCUCAAGGGCCUCCAAUACCUGGACCUUUCAUCUAAUGAUCUCUCUGGUGCAAUUCCAGUACAGCUUGGACUACUUAAUGAUCUACAGCUGUUGAAUCUCUCUUUCAAUAAUCUUGAAGGCGAAGUCCCAAACUCUGGUGUGUUCUUAGAAUUCAACAGAAUAGAUCUUGAAGGCAACGACAGGGUCUGUGGGGGACCCAAAGUUCUGAUGUUGCCAGCCUGCCAUUCCCAUGUUCAUCCAAAGAGGCGGACACUUGCUCUCAAACUUGGAAUUGCGCUUGCAAGUUUUGCAAUAAUUUUCAUUCUUCUUUCCUGCGCUUGGUUAGUACUGAGCAGCGGAAAGAAGAUACAGCCAGCAAUCAAAAGUGUGCAUUCAUUCAAAGGGCAACACCAGAUGAUCACAUACCAUGAAAUUCUUGCCUUGACAUCGAAUUUCAGUUUGGAGAACCUUCUCGGCAGCGGCAGCUUUGGUUCUGUUUUCAGAGGUGUACUUGGGGAUGGAACUGCAGUUGCUACCAAGGUCAUUGACCUGCAACGUCAUGGCGCUGCCACCAGUUUCGCUGCAGAAUGUGAAGCAUUACGAGGCAUUCGACAUCGCAACCUCAUUAAACUCAUCACUGCUUGUUCAGGGAUUAAUUUCAAGAAUGAAGAUUUUAAGGCAUUGGUUUAUGAGUAUAUGGUUAAUGGGAACCUUGAGCAAUGGCUGUAUCCUGAUAGCAACCAUGGUAGAGGAGACAAAGCAGCGCUUGGCCUUCUGUCAAGGUUAAAUAUUGCCAUCGAUGUUGCAUGCGCCCUGGACUAUCUCCACCAUGAUUCUGUUACCCCCGUUGUUCAUUGUGAUCUCAAGCCAAGCAAUGUGCUGUUGGAUGAUGAUAUGACUGCAAAGGUUGGGGAUUUUGGUCUUGCAAGAUUGCUUGAUGAAGGUUCUCUUGUCAAUCAACUGAGUACAGGAGGGCUCAAAGGGUCUAUUGGUUACAUCGCUCCAGAGUAUGGAAUGGGUGGAAAACCAACCACACAGGGUGACGUAUACAGCUAUGGAAUUCUACUGCUGGAGCUUUUUACAGGGAAGAGACCCACCCAUGAGAUCUUUUCUGCCGAUCUGAAUCUACAGAAGUGGGUAAGGGAGAGAAUCCCUGGUAAUAUUAUGGAGAUCGUCCAGGAUGAAGUAAGGAUGAGCGUCAUCCGUUGCGGUGAAAUAGCCAUCCAAGAGCAACAGAUUGCUUGCUUGAUUGCAGUCAUUGAAGUAGCUUUAUCAUGUGCUGUUGAAUGUGCACACGAUCGGAUGACCAUGAGGAUGAUUCUUCCAAAACUGAAAAGGAUAAGAGAUUCCCUUGCCUAGACAAGGUCUUUUCUUGGUUUUAGGAUGUGAGAGGCAGUACCAAUCUGCUGAUAACAGAAGAUCCUGAGAAUAGCGCAACCAUAACAGGUCAAGCACAAGGGUCAUCUCAUCCAGGAAUCGCUUGAUGAUUUGUUUUAGCUAUUACUAUAUCAUAGGAGAAUAGGCUGUUGCUGUAAUGUUUCGCUUUUUGCACACACACACAUACAUACAUAUGUAUACAUAUAUGUAUAUAUAUAUGUAUAUAUAUAAUUAUAUAUAUAUAUAUAUAUAUGUGUGUGUGUGUGUGUGUGUGUGUGUUAAUAGCCUCAGUCUUCUUUUUGUACUCUUGUUAAUGACAUUAUCAACUGAUGUUAUUUAGAAAGAAAGAAAAUCUACAGCAAUACAGGGGACAUCCCGUUGCAUCA